AUGCGCCUUCCCUACGCCCCGUCAACCCCUCCUCCAGACUCCCCCUCCUCCGUGGCCGAGAUCUACGCCCGCAUCGCCGCCCGGCGGAAACCGCGCCCUCUCAUCCCUCUCGACCUGACGCUCUUGCACUCCCCACCCGUGGCGAGCGGGUACAACGCCUUCGUCGGCGCUCUACGGACGGAGACCAUCGUGCCGCAGGCCCUUCUCGAGCUCGCCAUCUCCCGCGUCGCGAUCCUCACGGGCGCCGUGUACGAGUGGAACAUCCACGCCGCGCUGGCGCUGAAGGCGGGGGUGGCGCCUCAUCCGUUGGAGGUCGCCCGCGCGACGCCCAAGGGGGAGGUGGGAGAGAAGUCGAGCCUCAGUGAGAAAGAGGUGGCCGUCCUACGAUACACGGACGAAGCCACCGUCGACGUCAAGGUGCAGGACGCCACCUUUGAGGCCCUCAAGACGUAUUUCAACGACCGCGAGAUCUUGGAGCUGGCCACCGUCGUGGCGGGGUAUAAUGCCGUUAGUAGGAUACUUGUGCCGCUGGACGUGGGCGAGAACAAUGACAAGCCCAUGAAGACGGUGGACGAGUUGGUCGCGGCGAUGACUUGA